AUGUCAUGUUUGAGAACAUCACGAUACGUGUCCACCGCAGGACUUCUUACUACUACAAGAGCAUACACCUCCCCCUCCUCUUCGAUACAGGAACUCAAUCGAUAUGACAAUCUUCCGUCAAACUCGCGUGUCUUUUCCUUGAUACAACCAACGGGAAGAAUCCACUUGGGGAACUACUUGGGCGCAGUCAAAAGUUGGAGAACUCUAUCCAACUCCAAUCCUGAUAGUGAGUUUUUAUUUGGAAUUGCCGAUUUACAUGCAUUUACAAGCUACAAACCAGCUGCAGAAUUGAAGGAUAAUAGGUAUCAAGCAAUUGCAAGUUUAUUGGCUGGUGGUUUGGAUACAACCAAAUGUACAUUGUACUUUCAGUCGUCUGUACCCGAGCAUCUGGAGCUUAAUUGGUAUCUCACGUGUAUGACGAGUAUGGGACAGUUGAAUAGAAUGACUCAGUGGAAACUGAAGGCACAGCAAUCUCAAAACAGUUCAAUAACGGACGAAAAAGUGAUGGAGUCCACGAAAGCUGGAGUGUUUUGUUAUCCUGCUUUGCAAGCAGCCGAUAUUUUACUAUACAGAGCAACUCAUGUACCUGUUGGUGACGACCAGUCGCAGCAUUUGGAGCUUUGUAGAAACAUUGCAAAGCUGUUCAACAAUACAUACAAUGUAAACUACUUCCCCUUGCCCAAGACUUUGUUGACGCCGGCAAAGAAAAUUCUCAGCUUAAAGAAUCCAGAAAAGAAAAUGUCCAAAUCGGAUCCUGUACAGGCAUCUUGUGUCUAUGUUACUGAUUCUCCUGAAGAUAUCCAAUUGAAGAUAAGGAAAGCAACUACUGACUCGAUUCAAGGAGCUUGGAGUUUUGAUCCAGUCACGAGACCAGGCGUAUCAAAUUUGAUCAAUAUAAUAUCAGGCUUGACCAAUGAAUCGAUUGAAGAAACAGUAGCAAGUAUACAACAUUUAAAAGAUCACAAGAGCUUGAAGGAUUACGUUGCUAAAUUGAUUAUUGAUGAAUUCCAUGACAAAAGACAAUUGUAUGACGAGCUUCUUAAGAAUCGAGAUUACCUUGAUCUGGUUUGUAAGCAAGGGAGAGACAAAGCUAGGGAAUUGGCUCUGGUGAACAUUGGCGACAUCAAAAGUAUUGUUGGAAUGGAUUAG